ACAGCGGUUGGGCCGGUUCAGUUCUCAGAAGACUGAACCUCUGCUCGUCGACGGAAACAUCCGACACUUUGUCUGUCGUCUCGGACAUGAAAUCAGCUGGGGACACGUGGAAGUUCCACGACAACACCGAGGUCCAGGAUUGGAUUCUGCCCACACCAACUUAUGCCAAAGACAGGCACCCAUCGACUGGCUUUCCUCCUGUGCUGCCUCACUCCAAACUAUAUUCGUCUCCCGGCCCAAGAAACCGUCAGGAUAUUUGUCCCUCAUCCCCCUGCCUGCCUCUUCCCAAUAUUCUGCACAAUAUUAAUUAAACCCGUUCCUCCUUCUUUCCCUCAAUCCGUGUCUGCCUGCUCGGUCCAAAAAGGCACCACCGACCCCAACAGUAACUUUUCCAUUCCCAAACACGUUGUAGUAGCAUUCCUAUUGGCUGACUGAACACAUCUGCUUGGCCAUAGUUGACGGAAGAUGAUCCCUGACCUGUGAAACUGUCAGAGCUGCCUGGAGAUGGCGCUGACACAGGGAAUGCUCGCUAAGUUAAUGUUAUUCAUUUGUAUUUUUAUUUAUGCACCAUGGAGUUAACCCAGUUUAACACGUCACUUAUACUGGGAUGUGGUCCAGGUAUUUGUAUCAAUUUGUUAGUGUGCAUGGAAAACAAAACAAUAGUUUCUCAAGCAUAAUUAUUAAUUAUGGAGAAUGAGGAUGGUCAUUUUCUUGAAUUCAGGAGGGGAAACGUGUGACACACAUGGAUAAUCUUUAUCCGUGCAGCACAAAUGAGCAUGGCUUGGAUUCGUUUAAUCGAUUUCCAGCCGUGUGUGUUUUGGCUGUGGGGCUGCCCUUUUGUUUGCACUGGAAUCACAGCCAGUUUCUUUAAUGUACAACGAAAAGUACACAGAAGACUCAGAGUGUGUUGGUUUGUGAAGCACGUGAUGGGACCCAACUCAUGAUGUGCAAGUUUAAGGCGGUUAUAAAAGAGAAAUAUUUUAAAAAUAUUCCUACAUAUUUCUUGUACAAUGUGGAGCAAUACUGACCUUAAACCAACCUUACGUUGCUUUAUCAUAGUAUGGAUUAUUUCUCUCUCUGCCCUUCGAUCAGAGUUUGAACUUUGGGAUGACGCCCCCGCCCCCCAAGGCCCUGUGUACCCCUGUCUGUGUACCUCAGGUUCUCAGCCGGGCUGGAGGCAGGGAGGGACUUUAUAAAAGAUUGGGGUAUAAGUGUUACCGUACCAGUCAAGACAGAAAGAGAUAAGGAACACAGAGGAAACUCUUCAAUAUAGCCCAGGAUGGGUUAUACAAAGCUGUGUCUGUUACUGCUGCUGAGCAGCUACACAUUUGCCCAGGAAGGCAGUGAUGUUAAUGAACAAACUUCAGCAUGUCUGUUGGCGUCCAGAUUCAAGGCCCACAAGAAAUAUGUGUACCAGUACACCACAGAGAGCAGAAAUGGCGUGGUGGGUACUGCCAACCUGAGAAACGGCCCUAAAGUCUCCUGUCAGGUCGAGAUCGAAGUCCCCCAAGCGUGCAGGUUCAUCAUGCACACCAGGGACUGUGUUCUCGGUGAAGUGUCCGCCAUGGAUCCCCAGGGUCAGCCAGUCUACAGGCAGUCUCCCGGCUCGCAGGCCUUCAAGGCUGCCAUUGAGAAGAACCCUCUGAAGUUCACCGUGGAGGACGCCACGAGUGUCCAGCUUUACCCCGAGACAGACGAGCCGGUCAACAUCCUCAACAUUAAGAGAGGGAUCGUCUCUGCACUCGUAGCGCCAGUCAUGGAGGAGGGACAGAGCAGCUUCAUGAGCACAGUGCAUGGUCUGUGUUUAACAGAUAACCUGGUGAACAGCAGGAAGGAUAUCCCCACAGACGUGACACUGUCCAGAGAUCUGUCCCAGUGUGACCAGUUCUACAGCAGGGGACGAACCAACAGCCCCCUGGCCCUGCUGCAAAAACUGCAUAACCCCAUAUCAAGCACUCAAGACUGUGACUACCAGUUUGACAACAAGGGAAAGCACAUCAUGACAGCCAUGUGCACAGAAAAACACAUCUACCUGCCCUUCUCCAAUGAGGACAAUGGUUUAUCGUCGGUGGUGACCCAGGAUCUCCGCCUACAAAGCUCCAAGAGGAUCAGCAACAGAGUAUUUGAUGUGAAAACUCGCCAGAGCAAGCCGCUUCACUUCGAAGACCCUGACGAUAAAGACGACGUCCAGACGAAGGACGCUGUUCUGAGCACCCUGCGGGACCUUGCGGCUCUGGCAGGCACAAACCAGGGUCAGAAGAGGCCCAGUCUUUUCCAUAAGCUGGUUUCCAGCCUGCGUGUCCUGAGGAAUGAGACCCUGAGCCAGACGGUCACUGAUAUGCUAGAUGUGUCAGGCUGGCUCACCUGGCAGGCCUUGCUCCAGUGUGGAACUCCAGAGUGCACCAGCGCGAUCUUCCAGGCUAUCAGAGCCAUUGAUGGAGUGUCACUAGAGGUGGAUGCUCUAGUAUAUGCUCUGAGUCUACAGGCUAACCCUGACGCAGCGCGCGUCAGAGACAUGCUCAGCAUGGCUCAGUAUAAACAGAGCAAGGCAAUUAUGUAUGCUCUGGCCAACACAGUCAAGAAGUUCCAUAAAGGAGGGGUAACACCUGUGGUCAAGGAUGUGUCAAAGUUCAUGGAGACACUCUUAAAUGACUGCUCUGGAGAAACCCUUGACGAUGACUCUGACAUUCUCACUGACCCUAAUGAGCGGUCCUUCCUUGUACUGAGGGUUGUUGGUGUCAUGGGUGAAGCCAUGCAAGCUGUCAGCCCCAGCCUGAUUUCCACUGUUUUGCAGUGUGCUAAGAAAACAGAGAGUCCACUAUCUAACCAAAAAGCAGCUAUACAGGCCUUUAGGUUGAUGGACAUCAAUGAUGAGGUCAGAAACGUUCUCGUGGAAGUAUACCAGAACACUCAGAGCUCCACGGAAAAACGUAUAGCGUCUUAUCUGAUUUUGAUGAAGAGCCCACAUGACGGCCUGGUUAAAGACAUUUUGAACAAUUUGGAGAAUGUGAGGGAUGAGCAGCUCAAGAGCUUCGUGGUCUCUCACCUGAACAACAUCCGCAACUCCGAUGAGCCACAGAUGCAUCAAUUCAGGGAGUACAUUGCACUGGCCUUGACAGACCAUCCAUCUACCAGAAACAAGACAUUUGAUGGCAUGUCACGCAACUACAAAGUAGACUCUCCGCUGGGCUCAGCACGGACAAACAUCAUCUUCGAUGGCAGGGACACCUUGCCAAAAGAGCUUAUGCUGGAAACCACACUGAAGGUGUUUGAUUACAACUAUGACAUAUUUGAGGUCGGAGUUGAGGGAUCAGGAUUUGAACCAACAAUUGAUGCUCUUUUUGGGGAGGAGGGUUUCUUCCCUGACUCCAUCUCCAGAAUCGUGUACUGGGCAGGGGACAAAGCCCAGGUGCUCAGAGACGUUUUGAAGAGAUUCACCCCCGACAGAGACAGAAUGAAAAGACAGGUUCCACAGAAUCUUCUAAAAGAUAUCACAAACAAUAUCCAGAAGCUCAUGAAUGACGUACGUUUCUCUCAAGCACCGGAGGCCAUCGCAUAUCUUCGGCUUCUGGGAAAUGAGAUUGGAUACUUGAAGCCCAGCGAAAUAUCUGGGACUCUGUCCAUGUACUACCAGGUUUUCACAGUACUGCUACCUACCAAGUUCCUUUUGUCCUUGGUUUCCAGUACAAACAAUAAAGUCUUUGCACAUUAUAUCUUCAUGGAGAAUGCCUUUUCUCUACCUACUGCCUCUGGCUUCCCUCUGAAGUUCUCACUGGCUGGUGUCUUUACACCUGGUGCCAGAGGAGGCCUCUCGUUUCCUAAGGGAAUGACUGAUUUCUCCUUCAUGCCAUCUGUUGGGCUAGAAUUCAUCACACAAAUGGGCGUGCACAUUCCAGACUAUUUGGAUGCUGGGCUUGAGAUGCACUCUAAUAUCUACCACGAGAGUUCCAUCAAUGCUGAGGUCACUGUGAAUAGCAACCAAAUGAGACUGUCCAUACCUGCUCCAAAGUCAAACAUUGAGUUGCUCAGCAUUAGCAACAAGCUGCUGUCAGUCUCCUCUGGUCAAACAACAAUAGUGCCAUCACUGAUGGAGGACAGGACUGACUCAACUGAAUGCCAGCCCCUAUUCAGCGGUAUGAAAUUCUGCACAAUACUGCGUUACUCUAAUGCUACUUCCAUGGACAAGGCCCCAUAUUACCCCCUGACAGGAGAAACCAGGUUUGCAAUAGAAAUCCAGCCCACAGGAGAAAUUUCAGAGUACACUGCCACCAUCACUAGUGAAACACUCAGAGAUGGUAAAAAGGGUCGUCACAAAGUAGAAACUCUGAAGCUAACCCUGAAGGCAGAAGGUGAUGAUUCAACAGAGGCUACUGCAACUAUGAAAUACGACCGCAGUAAGAACAUUUUGACCACUGAGGUCCUCAUUCCGGACUAUGAUGUGGAAGCAGGCGUCAAGCUGGCUGUGACUGACAGGGAUGCUAAGGGACAGAAGAUGCGAGGUAUCACCAUUGAUGUCACCAACAGGAACAUCCCACAGCUAACUCUUAUGGGACGCACAAGGGUUGACAUGAUGAAGGAUGCCAUGCUACAACUCCAGAUGGUCAUCCCCUCUCUUAAAACCGAUGCAUCUUUCACUGCAACCCUGAAGACGGAUGAGGUUGUGCUCAUGGACUUAGAGACUAUCAUCACCCUCCCUGAGACAUCCUACCAACAGAAAGCUUUGCUCAAAUAUGAUGCUGACAAGUUUGAGGUGGAACUGAAAUCAGAUCUGAAUUCGGAGAUUCACAAACUGAUCCAAGAUGAGGAUUAUCAUGAGCAACUGCAACAGCUCAUUGAUGAUAUCCUGGACCAGAAAGUGGCAAAGACUGAUAUGAAACUCCGUCACAUAGUGACCAAAGGGAUUGAGGCAGGUAACAUAUGGCUGGACAAAUUAACAGCACGCAUCCCCUAUCUUGCAAACCUGCGAAGCAAGAGGAGCCUCUCAGAUCUCAGCUUGCCAGCUCUGCCUGAUAAACUGUAUCUGCAGUCUGACAGCUUAUUUCGAUACCAGUUCAACAAGGAUAAGAUGGCCAUCUCACUUUCUCUUCCACUUGGAGGCAAAAAGUCAGAGGAACUGAAGAUCCCAAGCACUUUGUCUAUUCCCCUCAUAGAUUUACGAGCAAUAGGCCUAUAUAUCCCUGCCAAAACCUAUCCAUUACCAUCUUUUAUUAUACCAGCGUCUUUGGAUUUCACUGUACCCCUCCUCGGUCUGGCUGAAGCAUCCACCAAGAUUAACAGCAACUUCUACCUUUGGGAAGGUUCCAUCUCUGGGGGCAACAGUACUGUAGAUGUCCCCAGCUACAUUGCACAGUACAAAGCCAUGGCUCAAUCACCUCUCAACUUAUUGUCAUACAAGCUUGAAGGAACUGGGAUGAUGUCUGGAAGAACUGAUGACAAUCUCAAGUAUCUUCUAAAUACUUCCUUCAGCCAUAGCCUCAUUGACACAAGCUUCAGUGUCUUAGAAACAAUAAGGGUAACAAACAAACUGAAUGCAAAAGCCAGCUAUAAGAUUGAAGCCUCUAGUCCAUUAGGCCUACAGGCCCGUAUUUAUUACUCUGCUCAGUCAACUUCCACUCUGGAUUCAGGUGAAGUCUCAGGAGAUGGAACCCUGGAUGCAUUGCUUAAAAUAGAUUCAUUCUACACCAACACCUCCUACACCCACAGCUACAAUCUGCUACCAAUCCAUAGAGAAGGAAGAGGAGAGUCCACCCUGCACUUUGACUCGCCAUUUAUCCAAAUUCAUAACAGGAUACAUGGAGUCUAUGCAAACUCUGAGUUGAACGUUGUGUCUAAAACCAAUGCCCAGAAUGAUCUCGUCAAGCAUGUAGCAGAGCUCAAGUAUAAAGAUGCACAACUGAUCCUAAAAUGCAAUGCUAUUGCCACAGUCAUGGAUAAAUCACUCAAUAACAAAAUUGAGCUAGGUGUGUCCAGUCAUAUGGCAAUCCUUCGAAUUGAGUCCCAGGCAGAUGAUGACACAAAUAGGGCAUACUCACUUAUAUCAGGGUCCCUGGAUUUGAAUGGACUUGAGGUCAAUUCUGAAGGUUCCCUUACCUUUGACACAGGUCGUGGAUUGCACAAAGCUUCUGUUAUGGUUGGAAGAAAUGGUUUGACUACAAGUGGAACAAACAGCAUUCAGUGCAUCCCUGUGACAGUAGAGAAUAUCUUCAAUGGUGCCCUAGACAACAAUGGUGCUUCCCUGUCCUCCAGGACCAAAGCGAUGGCUGAGGAGAGCAGAGGAGAGCUGAACAUCGAGGGUAAAGUCACAGGAAUUGAAGCCUCUUUGUAUGGUGUUCUCAAGGGCCACACUCAUGAUGUAACCACAAGAAACAGCAUGGACAUUGUACUGAACCAUAGGGCUCUGACCUUUUCAAGCAAUACCAUGGGAACACUUAAGCAGAUGACAUCAGAAAAUAGUCACACACUGACCCUCACUCUGUGGACUCUAGCCCUUAGCUCAAAGACUAACAACAAAAUCUGUGAAGAUAUUUACUACAAGCAAGAUACCAAAUUUGACAUGAAGCCAUUUGUUGUGUCAUUUGAUAUGACAAAUGACCUCAAUUUUUAUGAUGUCAAUUUGAAAAAUGAAGGCCACAUGAAACUUGAGCCAAUCAAGGUGGAUCUGAGUGGAAGUAUGAUGGGAGCGUAUGGAGAUGAACACAACAUUAAGCAUACCUAUGAACUAACCUAUGAGGAUAUGGCUGGUACAAUGAAAUACAGUAUGUCUGGAGAUGUAAUGGAUGCCCAGCUAAGUCACAACUGUGAACUUGAGUUUGCUGGACUUUCCUCCAAAUCAACAUGUGAAACAAGAAUAAAUUCGGAGCCACUUCGUUUUGACAGCACCAUUCGCACCAUGGCCCUUCCUUUUACUGUCACUAUUGAUGCUCUUGUCAAUAGUGAUGGAGAACUUAAUCUAUAUGCGAAGCACACUGGACAGCUGUACAGCAAGUUGUUAAUGAAAGCUGAGCCAUUAGCUCUUGCAUACUCACUUGACAGCCGAAUGUCAACCACACAUUUCCUUCCAGAUGGAGAGUCUUCCACUAAUUUAGACAACAAAAUUGAUGGCCUCCUGGCACCAAAUGACCAAUAUCUGACCUGGAAAGUAAAAUCCAAACUGAACAACCACGCUUAUAACCAGGACAUCAGUACUUUCAAUAGUCCUGAAAAGAUUGGUUUUGAAUUUUCAGGAGCAAUAUUAACAGACGUUUUCAGCAAACUGAGCAAAGAUAAUCAAUCACAACCAGAAAUACAAGAAUUCACCACGGCUGGUUUCCUCAAGUAUGACAAGAACAGUGACUGCCAUAUUAUUUAUAUUCCAUUUAUUGAGAGUGUUCCUGCUGGUUUUGAGCAACUUAAGAACACACUUGUACAAGCUGUAGAAUCACUUCAACAGUUCAUCAACAAUUUAGACAUCAAUCAGCUAAUCACGGACUUCAGAGCCAAGUUAGAUUUGCUACCAAUGCAAGUGAGUGACUUCAUGCGAGACACUGACUUGGAGAACAAAGUGAAUCAAGUAAAAGCAAAACUUGAUUAUUUGAUCAAUGAAUUUGCAAUAUCAAUUGAUGACUUGGAGCUUGUGAUGAAGGACUUGAACAAUAACUUGGUAAAUACAGUGAUGGACAUUGCCACCAAAAUUAGAGACCUAAUCCUUACAGUCAAAGACUAUCUUAAGGAAGGACACCUUUCCGUAAAGGUAACAAAUGUUCUCUCAAAGAUUGGAAAUCAGCUUCAGGCCUUUGUUAAAGCCCUUUAUGCCAUUGAGGAUAUUAUUCGACAGAUUGACUUACAGAAGCUCACAGAAACUAAUGCUGCAUGGCUACGAGAGCUUGAUUCUAAAUACAGAAUAGUUGAACAAAUAAAAGACAUGCUAUUUGAAAUAAGACAGAUAAUUGAGAACUUUGACAUCAACAUGAUUUUCCAAGAUGUAAUUGAUUACCUACUCUCAAUUGAUUUGGCCUCGUAUGUUGAACAGCUAUCAUAUAAAAUCCCUUCUUCAGAAAUAGCUAAAGUGAUUGAAUCUAUGAAUGAUGUUAUUGUCAACUGGAUUGAUGAAUAUGAAAUUCCCAACAAACUCAAUGCUGUCUAUUCCUAUAUUAGGGACCUACUUUUAAAAUACAAUCUUGAUGAGAAACUAAAAAAAUUAAUGGAUCAGAUAGUGAUUCUCAUCAAGGAAUUCAGAAUUGAGGAGACCGUUCAGUCAGUUGUAGAUGCUCUGAAAUCUAUCAAAUUUGAAUUUGUUCAUGAUAGAAUUAUACAAUUUUUGGAAAAAGUGACAAACCAGCUUAGAGCAACUGACUUUAAGAAAAGCAUUGAUGAUCUUAAUGAACACAUGUCUUCAAUGCUGAAGUCAAUGAAGGAAUUUGAAUACAGUGCAUUUGUUGAUGAGACCAACAUAAAGAUUGCUGAGCUAACAAGCUAUAUUAAUGAUCAAAUUAAGAAAUAUGAGAUUGUUCAAAAAAUUGAAGCUAUUAGGGAUUUUUUUAGAGAGAUCCAAAGCUCCAUUUUCACCUAUCUGGAUAAACUAAAAAACACAAAGAUCGCCGAUGCUCUAACAAAACUGAAAAGUGUGCUCAACACUACAUUUUACAAUGACAUUACAACAAAAGUGCAGGACAUCCUUGAGGACCUGAGACAAAGAAUCCUUGACAUGGAUAUCAGAGAUGAAAUUUACAUUCACCUUAAAAGAGCAAGUGAAUCUUACAGCAAUAUGGUUGCCUACAUUUCUUCGCAUUUUAACCAACUGACAGAGAAGAUUAGACAAAUUGUAAAAGACAAUAAGACAAUCACCCAGAUGAUGCAAGAUGUAGGUAGAGCUGUGGAUGCACUGAAAAGAGCAGAGAUUGAAGUUGGUACUUUUACCGUACCUCUCACUGACCUUGUCAUUCCAGCAUUCGUAAUCAACCUGAACAACCUCCAGGAGAUCAAUAUCCCAGCUCAAAUUUCAGUCCCUGAGUUCACAAUUCUCGACUCCUACACAAUACCUGCCUUCACCAUAGACUUUGAUAAGAUCAAAGCAAAGAUUGUUGCAAUCAUAGAUGGCAUCAGAGAAUAUGAAAUCAAAAUGCCUGACCCUAAGGCAAUCUUUGGUGACUUAAAAGUUCUCUACCUUCCGGACCUACCAGAUCUAUCCUUCCCAGAAAUAACUCUUUCAGAAAUAAAAUUCCCAGCCAUCAACAUCCCCAAAUUAAAUCUCAUUAAUUUUGAAAUCACAAUGCUUCCAGUUCCACAGAUCGAAUUGCCUGCGAUCCCCAGUGACAUAUGUAUCCCAAUUUUCGGUAAACUCCAUGGAGAAUUUACAGUGAAUUCCCCACUGUAUACUCUUGUAACCACAGGAAAGUUUGAGAACUCAACAUCCACAACAAAAAACCCACAGUUUACAGCCACCAUUGUUUCUCAAGUGAAAUCUCCCAUUGAGCCCCUUGAAUACACAUUUGAAGCCACUGCUGACUUGGGUGCCCCCAGAAUGAAGAAGCUGCUGUUUACAGAAGCAGUGAAAGCUACACACAUGGCCUUUUCCAUUGAUCAUAAGGGAUCCUUAACACUCACUGGCUCUUCUGCUGAGGCCUCUGCCAAGACUACUAGCAAAGCCACAACCCAUAUGUACAAAGCAGACUUGGUCAACAAUAUGGCACUGACAUUGAAAAGUGGAAUCUCUGCAGCCAUAGACACAACCUACAACCAUAACUUGGACAUCCCAUCAAUUGAAACGUCAAGUCAAGCAUCAAUGAAACACAAUAUGGCAGCAACAAUGGAAUCUGGCAGAAUUACUGUGACUGGGGAAACUUCUGGCAAUGGAAAGUGGUCCGUUAAAGACUACUCUGAUGAAGGAACACACACAAGCAAUGUAGAUUUCAACAUCAAUUUCAGCACUGCCAGGUUAACUUUUGUUGGAGAAACAGACUUUAAGGCAUUGAAAUCAAAGCAAACACUGAGUGCUGAAUCAGUGAUCUUAAGCCAUAUCACGGUUGAAGCACAAUGUGAAACUGAAGUUCCAUUUGUCAAAAAGAGUCUCAUGGUUUUAAAUGGACAGACACAUAUUGGGGACUUGAAAGUUGCAUUGACCGCCUCUCAUGAUGCUGAAUUCACAGGAAGUCUUACUGGAUCCAUGUCCAACUCAUUGGAAUUCUUAGCACAUCCCUUUGAGAUUGUACUUGAUGUUAAGCAUAAAGUAAACUCAAGGAUUUUCCUCCCCCUGAAACUCACUGGCAAGGUGGAUCUCUUGCAUGACUAUGGAGUCAUACUAAAUUCUGAGAAGCAGCGUGCUUGUUGGUUUGCUUUGGCAAGAUUCAACCAGUACAAGUUCAAUCACAACUUCACAGCAGAAAACAACGAAGAAGACAUCUUCUUUCACUCGUCAGCCACUGGAGAGGCUAAUCUAGACUUUCUGACUGUUCCGCUCUCUAUCCCAGAAAUAGAAGUACCUUAUAUAGAAAUGAAAACCCCUGAGGUAAGACAUUUCUCUCUGUGGGAACAGGCUGGAUUCAAAACGUUGCUUACCACUCCUCACCAGUCAUUUGAUAUGAGCCUGAAGCUUCAUUACUACAAGAAUCCUGAUUUUCACAGCAUUGAAUUACACCUCGAACCAAUUUACACUGCAAUCAGUGACAAUACUAACAUCAUCCAGGUCCAAUUUGAACAAUGGAGAGACAAAGAAGUUGCACUACUAAAAGAUUCCUACUAUCGAGCAAAGUUGCAGUAUAUCAAGCACAAAAUUGACACUUCUAGCCUGCCUCCAAGAAUCUUCACCGUCCCUGGAUACAAAAUACCAAUUCUGAAUAUUGAUGUUUCUGCGUUCAGUGCUGAGAUGCCAGCUUUUAGCUACUUUGUUCCUAAAGAGGUCAGUACACCAAGCUUCAAAGUCCCAGCACUGGGUUUCUCUGUGCCAUCUUAUACCCUUGUGCUACCAUCUUUGGAGUUACCUGUCAUCCAUGUUCCAGAAAGCUUAAGUGAAAUAAAGCUGCCCACUUUAACUCUACCAGCCAUUCAGAACAACAUUGUGAUUCCAGCAAUGGGUAACAUAACUUGUGACCUAUCUUUCAAAUCCACUGUGGUAACCUUAAGUGCUAAUGCAGGCCUCUACAACCAGUCUGACAUAGUUGCUCGGUUUGGUGCUUCCCUAACAUCUGUGUUUGAUCCUUUGAAUGGAAAAAUUGAUGGCACAACUAGUUUGACGAGGAAGAGUGGAAUGAAACUGGCUAGCACUGUGUCCAUUCAGCAUAACAAUAUAGAAGCAAACCAUGAAUGUGCUGUUAGUCUCACAAAAAGAAGCAUGGAAGCUUCUGUUGCUAACACCGCUAAAAUCAAUCUACCCUUCCUCAAUCUAGAAGUGAAUCAGGAACUCAUUGGAAAUACCAAUAUCAAGCCAACUGUUGCUUCCAAGAAAAAACUAAAAUACAUGUUUAACAUUCCCCUGAUUGAGUCUGUGGGCAAAGGAAACCUUGAUAUAAACUGGGCACUGGAAGCACUUUCUUCUUAUGUGUCACUGGAGACCUCUACCCAAGGGAAGUCAGACAUAACAAUAAUGGGAGAUUGUAAUUUUGCUGGAGACCUAGAGACUGAGGCAAAUUUCUACCUUAAUGCCAAUCGCCUGAGAUCAACUGCCAGGACUGUCAUAAACUCAAACAUUAAUAAACAGGAAAGGAACAAACGAAGCUCAAAUGGUAACAUCCUUCUAUUCGACUUGAAUAAGAACUUUGCUCUUGAGGUUUCCUUGAAGCGUAUGUUUGGAACAAUUGAUUACAUAACCAAUAACAAUAUUGAUUUAGCAUUUUUCAACACAAAUGGAAAACAUAUUGUUCAAGGACAACUAGAAUUUGUUCCUCUAACAACCUUCAAGACAAUGUUGAACAUUGAUGCAAGUCAGCCAAAUUGUUUGUGUCAUGCUGGACUUAGUCAGAACAUCAACCUUGCCAUCAGCUCAGAGAAGCAGUCCCUCUCCUGGAGUGGUAAGGAAGAGCUGUCAACUCUCAUCCAUGCUUGUGAUUUAUUCUUGUCCAAUGAUGAAUCUGAGGUACGCAUGGAUUUGACUGAAUCAGUAGAAGGCCACCUAGCUUUUUUGAAGGCAGUUAAGCUUCCUGUAUAUCAGAAGACCCUUUGGGAUGUGCUCAAAUUUGAUCGGGUCACAAAUAUGGACAACUUACAAUUCCUUAAUGUGACUUACAGCAUUGUGUACACAAAGACCAUGGAAGGCCAGGAGUAUGCAAUACCAUCUAAGCUUUUUGAAAAUGGAAUCACUUUUAGCAUCCCUGAGAUUAGCAUUGCUGUGCCAUCUUGGGUAGCAGAAAUUUCACACUCCAUAAGGAACAUAGACAUGCGAUUUGAAACCUCUGAUGUCCCUAAUCAUCUCAGCCUUCCUCCUGUAAUCUCAAUUCCAGCCUUUGAUUUGCCAUUUACCAAUUUGCACGUGGACCCAUUUAAAAUUGAUCCAAAGAAGCUUAACAUCCCUAGGGUUAUCACCACCACGGCCUUUGAAAUCAUGGUGCCCGGUUUGCCGAUAAUGUCAGUGCCCAGUUACAAUAUUAAUACAAAGUAUAUACAGGGGAAAAUGUCAUUCCUUUCAUUCAACAUGCCACAGUAUGAAAUCACAGUCUCAUCUUUCACACUGCCAAAAUCUUUUACUAUUGGAGAGCAUACCAUCGAUCUACAAGAAAUUGCAGGCCAGAUUUCAAACUUGGAACUUCCAACCAUUGUAAUCCCAGAGCAAAAAAUUGAAAUCCCAGACAUUGCCCUACAUCUGCCCUCAAGUGUCUUUAUCCCAGAUUUUGGUGCCCUCAGUGCCACUCUAAAGGUUUCCUCCCCUAUUUACAACAUAACUACAACUGCUAAUCUGGAGAAAAAGGACCAUAGCCUUGUAACUAUGUUGAACUCCAUCUGCUCUUCUACCAUGAUCUUCUUGGAAUAUGACUCAUCUGCCAGUGCAACCCUUGGAUUUGAUAAUGGAGUUAUCAAUUUAGAUGGGAAAUGCAACCUAAUUCACAAUGAUGUAAAUGUCAACUGGCAACAUGUUGUGGCACAAAACCUGAGGGUGAAACGCCAUAUCCCUCUGGCUGAUUUAAUGGAGUCGCGUCAUACUCUCAAUGUUGACAUCACGAGCCGAACAUUCACUGAUGUGAGCUUCCGCUUUGCUUGCCGCAAAGAUGGCAUCACAACAUCCAUGUCUUCUCCAUCAUCUGGUUUCCUUGGAUUGCAUUUUCAGCACAGGUCUCCAUCACAGCUGUAUGGAAAACUAUUCAGCCGCUACCUGUCUACUCCUGAGAAGGAUACAGAUGUUUUCACUGCCAAAGCCAUGCUGAAAAACUCCCAGAAGUUACUUUUACAGAUGUCAUGGAAUUUGGACUUUCUCCAUGAUGUCAUUGAGGGGACCAAGGACAGGAUUCCUGCUAUGAACAAUGCUAUGCUCAAGUUCAUUAACAAGUACCACACUGCCCACUUUGGUUUUGACCUCAACCGAGGUAGCAUGAAGCUGAAAACCAAGGUUUCUAAUGUCAUAGAUAGGGCCUAUGAUGAGGUUCCUAUGUCUCUAAGCACACUGCAGAGUUCAAUCCAAAAUCUCGGGAAUCAAGGAAAAGACAUGUAUAGGGAGGCUUCUGACAGCUUGAUGUUAAUAAAUAUGCAUGAUGUUAAAGACAGAUUUGCUCACGCGGCUCAGCAAGUCUUGAAACACAGUGAAAACCAGAUAAUUUUCUUGCUGGAUGCACUCACACAGUUCUUGAGUGACACAAAUUUUACAGUGCCUGGAUCUGAAGAGAAGCUUUCGAGCCUGGAGAUGUUCUAUCAAGCUCGUCGGACUAUAUCAAAAGCCACUGACAGGGCAAUCCAAAGGUUUACCAGACUCGUUAGGGAGGUUUCUAGAUACAUCAGAGAAAUAGAGUUCACCAUACCUGGAACUCAAGUUGUUGUCAAUGGAAAGGAGAUCAUGGACCAACUUUUCAGUUUUCUUCACAAGACGGUCAAUAACUCCUUCCAGGUGAUUAUUGAAAAGGCUGAAAUUUUCCUUACCUACCUAAAAAAUGAGAACAACGAAAUUGCUUCUCAGGUUGAUGUUGCCUAUGCAGAGGUUCUGCAAUCUUCAAAAGGCCACAUUGACGAAGCAAAGAGACACAUGGCUGGAUACAAAGACCUUACCAAACGGAAGAUUCAUGAGGCUUAUAAUGCUUUAAAUAUGGAAUUUUCAAAUAACAACACCAAGGAGUUUAUCAGUAUUCUGCAGUCACAUCUUUAUGGAGGACUUAAUGAAGGUGUAGACUUAAUGAGAAGGGCAUCCCAGAGCACAGCACCGUACAUUAGAGUGACCAAUAAAAAGACUGACAUUGAAAUCCCUUUACCCUUUCUUUGGAAGUCUUUCAGCGAAUUCCCAAAGCAAUAUAGUCAGUGAAUCAUUCAUCUGUUAAUAAUGGCUGACCUGAUUUAUUUGUCUGCGUGAAAAAAAUUACUUUUUGUAUGAUGCCAAGGAAAAUUUUUGUAUAUGAUUUGACUUGCAUGAAACAUGUACUAAUUAUUCUUUUAUGUAUCUUUUUAUUUGUUAAUUCACACAGUUACGGCCUACAAAUGUUUAGCCUGUACUGAAAGACACUGUUUGAUCAUGGUGUUCAAUUAAACAAUAAUAAAUAUGGAUUUUUGAUUACA